CAACAACAUGCAACAUGGCCGACAGACAACAAGAACGGCCGAACGAUGAAGCGGUUUUAGACGCUAUUUUCAAUCCUCUGUUACCGUCAGGUGGUGAAGUUCCCCAAGGAGUUGUUGAUGAAACACCUGAAAAUGAUGAAAGUGAAGAAGUCCGAGAGUCUAGAGAUUUAGAGCUUCAAGGAGUACACAAGGCAGAAGCUGGUGAUAUGAAUUCAGCCAUAGACUUCUUCAAUAAAGCUGUACUAGUCUCACCAGAGAGGGCGUCAUGCUACAACAACAGAGCGCAAGCCCUACGUUUAAGGGGGGAUAUAAUCGGAGCUCUUGAAGAUUUGAACCAUGCCAUUGAGCUGAGCAAUGGACGAAGCAAGGCUGCCUGCCAGGCUUACACACAACGAGGCCUCAUCAGAAGACUGGAAGGAAAUAAUGAGGAUGCCUUAGAAGAUUUCAAGAAAGCUGCCUGCCUGGGUAGCACCUUUGCAAGGUCACAGGUCGUCCAGAUGAACCCCUAUGCUGCAAUGUGCAACCAGAUGCUAUCAGAUGUCAUAGGACGACUGCAAGCUGGAGAACCAGACUAUGAAAGUUGAAAGGUCAAUGUUUCUCAAUGCCAGACACCUUAGCCAAAGAGUAACAAUACAUUAUUGCAAAGGGUUGCCCAAAGGCUUUUAGAACCUUUAUAGACCUCUAUCAUGGUACGACCAUCUUGACUUCUUUUACCAUUCAAACCAGUGCAGCCAAGCUGAGACUGGAAUGCACUAUAGACUGGUUCCUUUUUGUACAAUUAAUAUCAGCAUCCUUUACUGUUAUGAUAUACUGGGAAUGUGACCAAGAUGGCGGUAGCAUGGUGAAGGUCCAUUAACCAUGUCUUUUUUCAUGUAUACAAAUCAGUCAUCGUCAAAGCCUUGUUUGGUUACACUUGUUGAAAUAUUAAAACAAGAUUUGUUUUCAAUGUUUGCUUUCUGUAAGAAUUUUGUUGUGUAUGCUUAGCUGCAUUUUGUGCCUAAGCAGCUCUAUGAAAAUGGGUCCAGAUUAAUAUCUGAAAUGUUGUGUCUAUAGAUUGUUGAAUCAGAAGAGGAAUGUGUUGACUGACUAUGAUGUAAAUAUAUGUACACAAAAUUAACUUAAAACAAACUUUACUCUGACUUUAUUUUACUUUAUUGUUUGUAGUGCUUUUUAGUGUCAAAUCUGCAUAACACAAAAUAGGAAUCUGGACAGCAAACUAGAAUUAACUCAAAACAAACUUAUUCUGAACUUAGUUUACUUUAUUGUUUUUAGUACUUUUUACUUUCAAAUCUGUAUAAUAAAAAUAUGAAUCUUUACAGUGAACAGGCAUUUUUAAAAUAUUACAAUAAUAUUGAUUCUAAAGGUUGGGUUAUACUUUGUAAGAAUACUCAAUGUUUGUGUACAUUUUAUCGGAUAACUGACUCGUUAUAAAGAUGGUAAUGGUCACUAACUCACUCACUCACUCGCCCACAGACGGGCUAAAUGGUUGCCAACUUUAAAAUGUCAUUUUAGUUGGUCACCUCCAUGUGUUAUUAGAACCGUUUGCAAAGUUCUGUUUUGUGAAUUUGGAUUGAUUGUGUUCAUGAUCAUAGUAGGUCUGCAUGCCUGUAUGGAAUAAUGAUUUCUAACACAAUGCACAAAAUGGUGUCGCCCCUUUAGUAUGUACAGCCACUGGCCUGAUGUGGCCAUGGCGACAGUCCCCCUUUACAAAAUUGGCAAUAAAAGCUUAAAUACA